UACACACCGGAAUGUCAUGGCUUCAUUUGCAUUUUAAUAAUAAUAUAAAAAAAAAAAAUAAUAAUAUCUAUUCACUGCACUUAUGUUGAAUGAGCAUUAUCAUCAAUUGUGACGUGUAUAUAAAGUGAUUUAAAAAUAUAAUAUUAUCAGUGAUAAAGCAUUGCUCUUUGAUAGUCAAAUACUAACCUAUAAUUCUCAUAAGUUUUUUUUUUUUUUUAAACAAUAAAUGACAAUAGUGUAUCAAUGAUAAAUCAACAAAGAAAAUAAUACACGUGAUAAAUUUUGCUCUUAUUAAAUAAUCAAAAUAAAUUAAUUGUUGUUGUGUUGUGUGUGUUUUUUGUUUGUUUGUUGGAUAAAUAUAAUAAUCAAAAGUCAAAUGAAAAAAAAAUAAACAACAAUUGUUUGUUUAUAAAACGUAAAACAAUAAUGAACAGAUCAAUAGUAAUUAAUUGUUGAUAUUAUAUUAUUUAUCAAUAAAUGUUUAUUGAUGUAUUUGGACAUUUGACAAUUGCUCCAUGUUGCAAUUUGGAGAAACGACAAGCCAAGCACGUCGCCGAAGGCGAUUAUUCGCUUGGCUGUCAUCUCCAAUAUUUCAAAGCAAUAUAACACAGUGGAGUCAAUUAUCAUCUAGUGACAUUAAAAUGCCAUAUAAACAUAAAGAAGAUUUAAAAAUUAUUUACAACAACAAGGCCAUAAAUACGUACUAGUUAUUUUUUAAAAAAAUGAUAGACUAAGAAUAUACAAAGAAAAAAAAAAAAAACAAACAAAGCCAUAAAACUGAAAAGAAAAAGUUUAAAAAAGUUGCUGUUAAAAAAAAAAGUGAUUAAUAAAAUAUAAAAUAAUAUGCAAGCAAAAAAACGUUAUUUAUUGUUAUUUGUAACAAUAGCAUUUUUGGGAUAUUGUUAUUUUGGUGGUUAUCGUUUAAAAAGUAAUAAUAAAAAAUUAAUAAAUGAUAAAAAAAAAAAUGAAUGUUGGGAAAAUUUACCAUCAUAUACAUCAAUAAUUGAUGAAUUUAAUGAUAAUAAAAUAAUAAAUAAAAAAAUAAUUAAUAGAGAAUUAAAAAAUCCAUUAAAAGAUUGUCGUAUGAAUACAUGUUUUGAUUAUGAAAAAUGUAAAAAUGGUUUUACAGUAUAUGUUUAUCCAGUUGAUGAUACAAUAAGUCCACUUUAUCAAAAAAUAUUAAAUGUCAUAACUGAAUCACGUUAUUAUACAUUAGAUCCAACAAAAGCAUGUUUAUUUGUGCUAUCAUUAGAUACACUUGAUCGUGAUCCAUUGUCAACUGAAUUUAUUCAUAAUUUACCAACAAAAUUAUCACGUUUAAAAUACUGGAAUAAUGGAAAAAAUCAUUUAAUAUUUAAUUUAUAUUCUGGUACAUGGCCAGAUUAUAAAGAAUCUUCAUUAUCAUUUAAUAUUGGUUAUGCAAUGUUAGCAAAAGCAAGUAUGUCAGAAUUUAAUUUACGUACAGAAUUUGAUGUAUCAAUACCAUUAUUUGGUAAACAACAUCCAGAAAGAGGUGGUGAAGCUGGACAAGCUAAUGAAAAUACAUUUCCAAAUGUUAAAAAAUAUUUAGCAGCAUUUAAAGGUAAAAGAUAUGUACAUGGUAUUGGAUCAGAAACAAGAAAUGCACUUUAUCAUUUACAUAAUGGUAAAGAUCUUGUAUUUGUAACAACAUGUAGACAUGGUAAAGCAUGGCGUGAAUUACAAGAUGAACAUUGUCAACAGGAUAAUCAAGAAUAUGAUAAUUAUGAUUAUGAUGUAUUAUUAUUAAAUUCAACAUUUUGUCUUGUACCAAGAGGAAGAAGACUUGGUAGUUUUAGAUUUUUAGAGGCACUUAGAGCUGGUUGUAUACCAGUUAUUCUUAGUAAUGGUUGGGCAUUACCAUUUAAUGAACGUAUUGAUUGGAAACAAGCUGUUAUUUAUGCUGAUGAAAGGCUGUUAUUUCAAAUACCUGAUAUUUUAAGAUCUGUAUCAAAUACAAAAAUUCUUAAAUUACGUCAACAAACACAAUUUCUUUGGGAAAGAUAUUUUUCAUCAAUUGAAAAAAUAAUAUUUACAACAUUUGAAAAUAUACGUGAAAGAUUACCAUGGGAAGGUUCACGUGAUAGAUUAGUUUGGAAUGGUUAUCCUGGUGCAUUAGCAAUAUUACCAAAAUUUUCUGAUACUGAAGAAGAAUAUCCAUUUACAGGAAGUGAUCCAGGUAAUACAUUUACAGCAAUUAUUUAUUCACAACUAGGAUCAACAGCUGUAUUGUAUCGUUUAUUAAAAAAUGUUGCUAAAAGUAAAUAUUUAGAUAAAAUAAUAUUAUUAUGGAAUUCUGAUUCACCUGUACCUAGACGACCACGCUGGCAGGGUAUUAAAAUGUCGAUAAAUAUUAUUGUUGCUACUGGUAUAUCACAAAGAUUUUAUCCACAUUCACAAAUUAAAACAAGUGCCAUAUUAUCAUUAGAUGAAGAUGUUACACUUAAUACAGAUGAAAUUGAUUUUGCAUUUGUUGUAUGGCAAUCAUUUCCAGAUAGAAUUGUUGGUUAUCCAGCAAGAUCACAUUAUUGGGAUGAUUCAAAGCGAUCAUGGGGUUACACAAGUAAAUGGAUAAAUGAUUAUAGUAUUGUAUUAACUGGUGCUGCAUUUUAUCAUCGUUAUUAUAAUACACUUUAUACUGAAUUAUUGAGUACAACUUUACAUAAAACUGUUGAACAAUCACAAAAUUGUGAAGAUAUACUUAUGAACUUUUUAGUAAGUCAUGUUACAAGACGACCACCAAUUAAAGUUACUCAACGUAAAAUUUACAAAGAUACAACAGCUGCAGGAACCAGAUCACCAUGGAAUGAUCCAGAUCAUUUCAUUCAACGACAAACAUGUAUGAAUACAUUUGUUGCUGUAUUUGGUUACAUGCCUUUACUGAGAUCAAACAUGAGGCUGGAUCCCGUGCUAUUCAAAGAUCCUGUCAGUAAUUUACGUAAAAAAUAUCGACAAAUUGAAUUAGUCAACAACUAGCUUUUUAUAAUCAACAGAAAUUAAUUUAAUUAAUUAAUAAACAACGUAAUUAUUUAUAUAAAUAUUUUUUUUUUUUUUUGUUUAGUAUAAAAUUAAUGAUAUUGAAUAACCACAUGAAUAUUUUUUUAUUUUAUUUAUGUGGAUUUAUUUAUCAUUGAUGAAAAAUAAAAAAAAAAAAAAAAAUACGACAAAUUAUUUCAAGAAAAAAUAAUUAUCUUGUCAAUUCCUAUUGUAAAUAAAAUACCUUCAUAUAUAACACAAUAUUAUAUAUAUAAAAAUAAAAAAUAAUUAUUUAACAAAUA